UUUAUUAAAUGUUUGUUAUUAACAUUAAACCGUAGAAUUUGCGAUGGUUAGCUAGCUAAUCAGCUGACUGUGAAGUUUAUGAGGUUUUAUACGGUUGAAGUGAAAACAUAACCUAACGUAUGUUUAAUUUACGUUUCUGUUUUAAUAUGACUUGUAUUUGAAAAUAAUAACUUCAUAAGCUGUUGUGUAACAACGACGUCAAUCGAGUUUAAUGCUGGUAGGGCUAGCUGACGAUGAAAGCAACGUUAAUGACUCAUCAAAAAACAAGAUGGAGUAGAUGAAGCUUCGUGUUCGCAUCUACAAGCAGACCAACAAAGUGGACUUGUUUGGACCCGAGUCCACUAUAAAGGAGCUGACGGAACACAUCCAGAACGUCCUGCUGCCCUCCCACGGCCUCAGCCAGGACGUGGUGUUCGGUCUUUCCCUGAGUGGCGCCGAGCUCCUAACUGACACGAGUCAGACGCUGUCAUCUUGCGGCGUGGUCCCUGGAGACCUCAUCCGUGUGUUGCUUCCGGCCGUGAACGCCUCCCCCGAGAACGGUGACGCAGCCUGGAUGCCCCUCGCCGAACCCGCCGCCAUGACCUCCAGCGGGUCCUGUAGGCCUGCAACUCCUGACCCAUCAGAGCCAUCGGGCUCCUGUGGCCCCCGAGCGCCUCCUGUCCUCAGCUGGGAGCCGAUGCUGUGUGGCGAGGCUGGCGAAGGCCAAGCGCCGCGCUCUCUGGAACUGCUCUAUCACAACGCCUGUGUGACGACUCCCAACGACGCCAUCAUGGUGGCUGCCCACCUCUUGAUGCUGGAGACGGGUUUCACCCCGCAGGGCAGUGAGGUGAAGUCCGCUCAGAUGCCGUCUGGAUGGCGGUCGGAGGGUGGAGCCUACAGACUUCAGUACACGCACCCGCUGUGUGAAAGGGGCGUGGUCACGGUGGUGGCGGUGCGCAUGAGCCCUGUGCUCGUCAUCGAAGCCAUUCUGCAGGUGGCUGACAGCGCCAGCAUGGCAGCUAAGGUGUGCGUGGACCCCUCCAGCUAUGUGACGGAGGCGUGGCCAGGGGCAAGCGCAGCAGCCGCCUUUACGGCUCUGAGUCGACUGUCGCGAGUCUUCAAAGACCAGCUGGUGUACCCGCUGAUCGCCGCCACACGCGAAGCUUUGUCUCUGCCCGUGGCGUUCGGCUUGGCGGCGCUCCCUCCCGAGCUCCUCCUGCUGGUGCUGCGCCUGCUGGACGUGCGGUCGCUGGUGAGACUGUCGGCCGUCUGUAAGUACCUGCACGAGUCCACCGACGACCCGGCGCUCUGGAGACACCUUGUUCGACGCGACUUCAGCGAUCACAACUGGCAGGGAGAAACCAACUGGAAGGAGCUUUACAAAAGUUUCUACAAGUUCCGGCACAAACGAGGAUGUGUGGACCGGCCCUGCUCCCUCCCUCUCAUUCAUCGCCAAAUCUUCAGCCCUGUCCCCACUCCGUACUCGCCACUGCCCGGCAUCAUCGGUGGCGCAUACGACCAGAGACCCGCCAUCCCCUAUGGCGUGCUGCCCACACCUCGCUACGACCCGAUCGGUCCACCCCUCCAUGGCCCGCUGCACAGCGAGCGGCGGCGGCGACGCAGCGACCCCCGACCGCCGCCAGGAAGCGUGCGGCCCGCAGACGUCAGACGAGGCUUCAUCUGACCGAGCGUGGCCUUGUGUAACAGCGGCUGAUGGUUGUUUUCACGACAGCAAAACAUGGCGGCUCCUCAACGUGACGAGAUGCUCAUAGCAACGCUUCACACAGCGGCGCCACGGCCGUGUGGUUGAUGGCGAGCUGCUGACAUCAUCUUGAUGAUCCAUUGCAUCGUCAGCAUGCUGACGUUAGAAAGCACUUUAUCAGCAAAUGUUGCUUCUUUUUUUUCAAGAAUGACAAUGCUUUGUGCCUUACGUUAUUAAACUUUAAACAUUUCACUUGAAAUACUUCAACUCAUCCCCAACCUAAUUCCGUAAGUUUACAUCUUGAUUUCUCUUCCAUUUAUGAUGUCGGGUAAAAGUCGUAUAUCUUUGAAAAUCCUUUAUUUGUUGGGCGGCAAGGUUGAUUUGGUAGAGCGGCCGUACCAGCAACUUGAGGGUUUCAGGUUUGAUUCCCGAUUCCACCAUCAUGGUUACAGCGGUUGUGCCCUUGGGCAAAACACUUGACCCACCUUCUCCCAGUGCCACCCACACGGGUUCCCACCCGCUCCCAGUGGUUCCCACCCGCUCCCAGUGCCACCCACACUGGUUCCCACCCGCUCCCAGUGCCACCCACACUGGUUCCCACCCGCUCCCAGUGCCACCCACACUGGUUCCCACCCGCUCCCAGUGCCACCCACACUGGUUUAAAUGUAACUUAGAUAAUGGGUUUUAAUAUGUAAAGUGCUUUGAGUCACUAAAGAAAAGCGCUAUACAACUAUAGUAGACAUUACAUGACGUAUAUGUACGUUUACAAACAAUGACGUCAUCCUUUGUCUGAGAAAGACCACUCGUUUUCUCACACCAUGACAUCCGUAAGCUCCCAUUUGACAGCAGGAACAGUUGUAGAACAUGUCCCGUUUGGGAGAACAGGAUAUUUAUUUGAAAUGUAAAAUAAGGUUCAUGUCAGUGUUGCGUCCACAUGGAAGAUAUUGGAACAAGUGUUUAAAAACGUAGAUUAGUACAUAGCUAGGCUAACACCGAUGCUAGCAAAUGGCUGAGGCGGGCGGGGACUAAACCAGUGUGGGGUUCGCUUGAUUCAAUCAUAUAGAAACACCGGAAGUUUCAUGUAAGCACCUCACAGCAACAACGCUAACUGCUGUAUGCCAUCCAUUUCCUACCGCUUGUCCCAUUCGGGGUCUCGGGCGGUGCUUAUGUGAAAAGUUAAAACAUUUGAAAUUAACUUACCACAAACAACGUUCGAAACUUAAUGCAAACAAUAUUUGAAAUGUUUAAAUACAAUGUCAAAGAGUGCAACCAAAGUCAAAUGAAAGUGAAUAAAUGUGCAGGACAAUAAAGUUUAUUAA